AUGCUGCUGAAACUACCAAGAGAAGGACUUACCUUAGAGGCUCUGGCUUCACCUCUGAAGAUUCUCUUCCAGCCCCUUUUUGCCUGCGGCCUCUUUCUGAUUUCGAGCUGGCAGUCCGAGAAAUCGAAUUGGUGGUCCGGCUCGAUACACUUUGCGAAUGAUCAUGGUUCUCAAAAAUGGUGUGCUGUUCUUUUGGGGGCCGGAAUUAUCUACCAGACCAACAAAUGGCUUUCGAGACGCUAUCUCAACGCCUUUACCGAGAACUCCAGAUGGAACUCGACAAAGGAACUUGUGGUCAUCACUGGAGGGUCGAGUGGAAUUGGCGCUGUGGUGACAUCCCGCUUGGCGAACGAUGGCACCAAGGUCAUCAUCCUAGAUAUACAGCCGCCCUUGGAGGAAACAGUGAAGAAUGUAUUUUUCUACCAAACAGAUAUCUCAUCGGCAGCCUCAGUUGAAACAGUCGCUGAGGACAUUCGCCGAGAGCACGGCAAUCCGACAGUCCUCAUUAACAAUGCCGGCACUGGAAACAGCAUGCUGAUAGCAGACCAACCAACCGCAGAGACAGAGCGGAUCUUUCAGAUCAAUAUUCUUUCCCAUUUCCAUCUCGUGAGGGAAUUCCUUCCUGCCAUGGUCAAGCAGAACCACGGUCACAUUGUGACAGUAGCGAGCAUGGCAUCCUUCGUUACGCAGGGGAAGAACGUGAGCUAUGCUUGCACAAAGGCAGCAGCUUUGGCCUUCCAUGAAGGGCUGGCACAGGAGCUUAAGCACCGGUACAAUGCUCCGAAGGUUCGCACAACGAUUGUCCACCCUACACUUACUCGCACCCCUCUGGUGGACCACAUUACCCGGAAUAAUAAGUCAAAGAACUUUUGUCUAGAGCCGGAAACUGUAUCAGAUGCCAUUGUUGACCAGCUAUAUUCUGGAGAAGGAGCCCAGCUCAUAUUACCCGGCCGAUUCACCUUAAUCAGUGGUAUCCGUGGAUUUCCAUCUUGGUUUCAGGAGAUGAUUCGCGAUGCAUUGACAUCGAGUCGCAAGUCAAAGGAUUCUUAG